CCAGACGCUCCUCAAAUUAGAGAGGGACAGGUCGGGGGCUGUGGCUCACGCCGGUAAUCUUAACAUUUUGGGAGGCCGAGGCGGGCGGAUCACGAAGUCAAGAGAUGGAGACCAUCCUGGCCAAUAUGGUGAAACCCCGCCUCUACUAAAAAUACAAAAAUUAGCUGGGCAUGGUGGCGUGCGCCUCUAGUCCCGGCUACUCGGGAGGCCGAGGCGGGAGAAUCGCUUGAACCCGGGAGGCGGAGGUUGCAGUGAGCCGAGAUCGCGCCACUGCACCCCAGCCUGGCGACAGAGCGAGACUCCGUCUCAAAAAAUUCGAGAGGGAUGGUGUUCCACCUGCCUGUCCCCGGAAGUGACGUUAAUGUCCGCCUCCCUGAGGAAGUGACGACAGGAGUGCCCUUGACAGGCAGGGAGGGCUAGGCUGUGCAUCCCUCCGCUCGCGUUGCAGGGAGAUGGCUCAGCGACUUCUCCUAAGGAGGUUCCUGGCCUCCGUCAUCUCCAGGAAGCCUUCUCAGGGUCGGUGGCCACACCUUACUUCCAGAGCCCUGCAGACCCCACAAUGCACUCCUGGUAGCCUGACUGUAACACUCAACCCAGCCCGGACAAUAUACACCACCAGGAUCUCCUUGACAACCUUUAAUAUCCAGGAUGGACCUGACUUUCAAGACCGAGUGGUCAACAGUGAGACGCCAGUGGUUGUGGAUUUCCAUGCACAGUGGUGUGGGCCCUGCAAGAUCCUGGGGCCGAGGUUAGAGAAGAUGGUGGCCAAGCAGCACGGGAAGGUGGUGAUGGCCAAGGUGGAUAUUGAUGACCACACAGACCUCGCCAUUGAGUAUGAGGUGUCGGCGGUGCCCACUGUACUGGCCAUGAAGAAUGGGGACGUGGUGGACAAGUUUGUAGGCAUCAAGGAUGAGGAUCAGUUGGAGGCCUUCCUGAAGAAGCUGAUUGGCUGACAAGCAGGGAUGAGUCCUGGUUCCCUUGCCCACGUGGGACCCCAGUAGAACUCAGCCCUUCCACACCAGCCCUUCCUGCUGCCUCCCUCCUGUCUGGCCUCUGGGGCCUGUGCUUAGAGCCCAGGCUCCAGCCCUGAGUGCUUCUGAGCUGGCGGACUGCCCAGGGGCCAUCAGAGGAUGGUGCUGCUGCUGAUCCGGGGACCGCCGUCUUCCCUCCCACACGCAUUUCAUCCCUCCCUCUAGGGCCUGUGGCAGUUCUCCCAGGACACGUGGAGAGAGCCCGGGCCAGCCCACAGCAUUCCUGGUCAGGCAGCCACACCUUGGUCCUCAUCUCUGGUCCCUUCCGAUCUGAAGCCUCGUGCCUGGCUCAUCUUCACCUGCAUUUCUCUUUCCUGCUGCUGUUUGGGAAAAAGAAAAAGAAAAAAGAAGUCCAAAUUAGAAUAAUAUCUAAUUCUCUCGUUUUUUGCAGGUCUGUGAUAAAGAACUUAGUCAUCCCUUCCACCUCCUACUGUGAAGAGCAACCCUGGGUCCCACACUGAAAUCCCCUCUAGUCGCCCAUCCUCACCCCCCAGGGAGCCCCCUCCCAUCUCACCUCCCAGGCAGUGGGGCAGAAAAUGAUUGAUGGGCUGGGGAGCCCUGGAGAACCUUGACUCUGGAAGUCUCGAGGCACCUCCUUCGCUCCUUAGCUGGCCCGUUGGUUUUCUGAGCCAGGGGCUGAACUGUGAACAAGUCAGACCAAUAAAGCAAGGGUCUGCACCGUC